AUGUCAGGGGAGGAGGAGUUUUAUCUGUUCAAGAACAUCUCCUUGGUGGGGCCAUGGGAUGGGCCUCAGUACCACAUUGCCCCUGUCUGGGCCUUCCGCCUCCAGGCAGUCUUCAUGGGCUUUGUCUUCUUUGCAGGGACACCACUCAAUGCCUCGGUGCUGGUGGCCACCCUGCGCUACAAGAAGUUGCGACAGCCACUCAACUAUAUUCUGGUCAGUGUAUCCCUGGGGGGCUUCCUCUACUGCAUCUCUGUCUCCAGCGUCUUCAUCGCCAGCUGUCAGGGAUACUUCAUCUUUGGCCGCCAUGUUUGUGCUUUGGAGGCCUUCCUGGGCUCUACAGCAGGUCUGGUGACAGGCUGGUCACUGGCCUUCCUGGCCUUUGAGGGCUACAUGGUCAUCUGUAAGCCCUUCGGCAACUUCCGCUUCAGCUCCAAGCACGCGCUGAUGGUGGUCCUGGCUACCUGGACCAUUGGUAUUGGCGUCUCCAUCCCACCCUUCUUUGGCUGGAGCCGGUCGCAGCCCAGCAACAGGAGUCAGAAGGCCGAGCGGGAGGUGAGCCGGAUGGUGGUAGUGAUGGUGGGCUCCUUCUGUCUCUGUUACACGCCCUAUGCUGCGAUGACCAUGUAUAUGGUCAACAGCCGGAACCACGGGCUGGACCUACGGCUUGUCACCAUUCCUGCCUUCUUCUUCAAGAGUGCUUGUGUCUACAACCCCAUCAUCUACUGCUUUAUGAAUAAGCAGUUCCAAGCCUGCAUCAUGGAGAUGGUGUGUGGGAAGUCCAUGACAGAUGAUUCUGAAAUGUCCAGCUCCCAGAAAACAGAAGUCUCUGCUGUCUCUCCCAGUCAAGUUGGCCCCAACUAA